AUGGCUCCUAAAGCGUUGCAGUCAGCGACGCUCAAGGGCAAUGCCUCGGCUACUGCUCUGAAAGCCGCUGCAGCGGCGACGUUGACGGAUGCGGGCGGCUACCUCAACAGCAACGCCACCAUGAAGCUCUCAUCAGGCUUAGCAAACAAGACCAUGCUCCCCAACAAGAAUGUGACAAUGCUCAAGAGCAUUGACACGAUCUGGGAUGAGGAGCCCGACGACCAGAAGAUGUACGAGCAGCGAAAGAAGCUCAAGUCCUUGGCCGGACGAGUGGACCGCAUGGCAGGUGUCUUCGAAGAGGAGACUCGCGCUCGGCAAGAGCAGCGUACCCUCAUGGAUGAACUCCAUGAUGAGCAGAUGAAGCGGAUUGAUGAGAUUGGUGAAGAGCUGGAUCAAGCGAUGGCUGAGCUCGCUGCUUAUAUCGUGGAGUUCAUGCGCCGGUUUAGGAAAGAGCUCCACGACACCUUCUCAGCCCUCUUUAGUGAGCUUCAAGAGCAAGUCGAGCUUCUAAAGCCGCGCUUGGCGGCGCUUGAAGCUCGGGGACGAGUUCUGCAGGAUGGUAUAGAGGAGGAGCGCAAGGAGCGUCAAAGGCAGUAUGCCCAGAUCCUGGACCCGGUGAAGGUGCAGAUCGAGAAGUUGGAGCAAGGCCUCAUCCGGGAGCAGCAGAUACGUCAGACACGCGCCGCCUUCAUUCAGCAGUCCAUGGAGCAGGCUGUGGAGGCCCUCGAGCAGUCGGUGGACACGGAGUUUGCUGCGCGGCGGCAACGGCAAACUUUCUGCGAAGAGGAAUGGACAAGAGAAGCAGACCGCUUGGAGAAGAGGCACGACGUCGUUGUCGGCAGCUGCGAGAAAUGCUUGGAGGGCCUGGAAGAGGAUGCCAACCAAGAGCACGAUGCGCGCAUCAACCAUCAGGAUCCGGUGGUGGAGGUCCUGACCAAGUUCUUGAACGACUUCCAUGCAGACGUGGAGGAAAAAGCGCUUCAGGGCUGA